AUGGCGAUUCAAAAGAAGCAUGGCAAGGGCCGUCUGGACAAGUGGUACAAGCUUGCCAAGGAAAAGGGGUACCGUGCUCGAGCUGCUUUCAAACUCAUCCAGCUGAACAAGAAGUAUGGCUUCUUGGAGAAGAGCAAAGUUCUCUUGGACCUUUGCGCCGCCCCCGGGUCAUGGUGUCAGGUAGCUGCCGAGGUCAUGCCGGUCAACAGUUUAAUUGUCGGUGUUGAUCUGGCACCCAUCAAACCCAUCCCCCGAGUCAUCAGUUUCCAGAGCGAUAUUACCACCGAAAAGUGCCGUGCUACCAUUCGGCAACACUUGAAGACGUGGAAGGCAGAUACCGUCCUUCACGACGGUGCGCCCAACGUCGGUACCGCCUGGUCUCAAGAUUCGUUCAACCAGGCCGAGCUGGCCCUGCAAGCGAUGAAGCUGGCGACUGAGUUCCUCGUCGAGGGCGGCACCUUCGUUACCAAGGUCUUCCGCUCCAAGGACUACAAUCCGUUGUUGUGGGUCCUCGGCCAACUCUUCAACAAAGUCGAGGCGACGAAGCCGCCCUCCUCGCGAAACGUCUCCGCCGAGAUAUUCGUCGUCUGCAGGGGCUACAAGGCACCCAAGCGAAUCGACCCCCGGUUCUUGGAUGCCAAGUCUGUGUUUGCAGAGCUCGCAGGUGCGACGCCCAAUAACGAAGCCAAGGUGUACAAUCCCGAGGUAAAGAAGCGGAAGCGAGAUGGAUACGAGGAGGGAGAUUAUACACAGUUCAAAGAAAUCCUCGCCAGCGAAUUCAUCCAUGCACUCGACCCAAUUGCCAUCCUUGGCAGCACCAACAAGCUCGGCUUCGAACAACCUUCCAGUGGUGACGUUGCCUUGGCCGCGCUGGAUAAACUGCCGGAGACGACUGCGGAAAUUCGCACCUGUUGCGCUGACCUCAAGGUCCUCGGACGCAAAGACUUCAAGUUGCUCCUCAGAUGGCGACUGAAGGUGAGGGAGAUUUUCGGUUUGAAGGCGAAGGACUCGGACGAUAAGACCGACGCCGAGGAGGUUGCUGAGGUGGAGCCCAUGGACGAAGAGCUCCGGAUCCAGCAAGAGCUGCAGGCACUGAAAGACAAGGAUAACUCCAAAAAGAAGCGGGAGAAGCGCAAGGAAAACGAGCGCAAGCAGCGCGAGAUUGUGCGGAUGCAGUUGAACAUGGUAGCACCCAUGGACAUUGGCAUGGAAGAAUCCGGCCCCAUCGGUGAAGAUGCCAUGUUUUCGCUCAAAAAGGUCGACAAGACCAAUGCGAUGCGUCGCCUGGACCGCGGCAGGAUGACUGCCGUCUCGGGAAAGGUCCAGAAAUCCCAGGCGAAGGAAGAGCCGGAAAUGUCGGAUUCGGAGAGCGACGAUGAGCAAGACCGACUCGAUCGCGAGCUCGACUCCAUGUACGACAACUAUCGCGAGCGCAAGUCGGAGGCAGACGCGAAAUACCGGGCCAAGAAGGCCAGGAAAGAGCACGGCGACGACGAGUGGGAGGGUGUCUCGGGCGAAGACGAGGCUGAGGAGAGUGCAUCGAGCGAUUUGGACGAGGAGGAUGAUUCAUCCGAAGACGACGACGACGACGACGACGUUCGGCCCUCCAAGGGCCUUCUCCGUGACCUGGAUGAUGUCGAGCCUUCCGAGAAUGGCUUGUCCAAACGUGCGGCGGCUUUCUUUAACCAGGACAUCUUCCAGGGAAUCGCCGACGCAAUACCGGCUCCGAAUAGACAUCAGGAAGUCGACGGUGCAGCAGGCAAGCUCAACCGUCGUACCGCUGCGGAGGAGAAGACUACUGCCAACGGACACGUCGAUGCGAAACCGGCACCUUCCAAGGCGCAACCUGCUGCUGAAUCGGACUCUGACGAUGACAGUGGGCAGUUUGAGAUGGUCCGACGGGAGGAGGACGAGUGGGAAGAGGACACCAAUAAGCGUCCGGAUGGAAAGCUGGACAUCGAUAUCAUCACUGCCGAGGCAAUGACGCUGGCGCAUCAACUGGCCACCGGACAAAUCACCACCCACGACGCCAUCGACGAUGGGUUCAACAAACGCACCUUCCGCGACCGAGACGGGCUACCGGACUGGUUCAACGAUGAUGAGUCGAAGCACGACAAGCCUAUGAAGCCCAUCACCAAGGCUGCUGCGCAGGCGAUCAAGGAAAAACUGCGUGCCUUCAACGCCCGGCCUAUCAAAAAGGUGCGGGAGGCGAAAGCUCGCAAGAAGUUCAAGACGGCGCAGAGGCUUGAAAAGCUGAAAAAGAAGUCGGACAUGUUGAUCAAUGACGAAAACAUGACCGAGAAGGAAAAGGCGGAGACGAUUGCGAGGCUACAGAGCAAGGCGGCUCAGAAGAAGCCGUCGCAGCCAUCCAAGCUCGUCGUUGCCAAGGGCGCGAACAGAGGAAUUCAAGGUCGGCCAAAGGGCGUCAAGGGCCGGUAUCGCAUGGUCGAUCCAAGAAUGAAGAAGGAGCUGAGAGCCCAAAAGAGGAUAUCUCAGCGCAAGAAGAGGUGA